UUGAAUUUCCCGCGGCGAGCGAAUCGCCGUUGAUAUAUCGAUGGAUCUCGAUCUGUGGACCUUUGACACGAACGAAAUCUUUUCGAGGAUUGAACAAACUCACAAAGAUUACAUUUAUCAGUUUAAUUCAAGAACUACGGCAGACGCUACCGUGUAAAAAAACUUGUUUCUCUUUUUUCGUCCAAGUUUCCUGCGUGUUCUUGGACAAAGAUCUCCCACGACUAUUCGUAAAAAACUUUAGUGAACAGCGUUGAUCUCGUGAAACCUUUCAUAAAAAAUCAGUUUAAAAGAAUCGUAAAUUGGAGAUUAUCAUGGAAUCGUCGAUACUGGAGAAUAUAACUCUUAUCCGAGUCUCUUUCUCCGGCUCUUUUUACUGGGAGUUUCGAUCGUUCGCCGUUGGAAAGACAUGCCGGUAGAGUUAUAUACGAAGGGAAAGAACGGAUAGGGUGAGGAAGGGUAGGAAGAGAAAGGUGGGGCACCGAGUCGAGCCGACACGGCCCUGGUACGUAGCGUUAAAGGCCACGAAAAGGGCCGAGCGUAAGCGGAAAGGGCCGAAGCCGUGCGCCGACGAUCGAGCAGGAGGUUCGGCUCGUCGGCGAGAGAGCCGCCGUGACUGCCGCUGGCUCCGGCAAUGGCUAUUGACCGAACUUGGCAGACCGGCCGGUCAGCUGUGCACCGUGCCACUGUCGUCGUCGUUAUUAGAACCGAAGUGGAGAUAUUCCAUUAGAGAAAUUCACGUCCUCUUAAGAGGUAUACCACCUCGUUAUCUUUCUACGAAAAAAAUCGACCAAAAGUCGUUCAAGAGAAGGAGGAACCAUCGAGGAAGACGCUGAAUGUGAUCUUCCUUAAAACGAGAAGAUCAUCGUCCUCGGAUAUAGCUCGUACGACCGAACGAAAAUUUUACGAGGAAGUAAAAAGACUCCAGUGCGAGACUUUUAUUCUUUUCCUUUUUUUUUUUUUCUUAUUCUUUUCUUUCUUCUUCAAAAAAUACAAAAUAAUAGAAAUAAAAAAAGGAAGACACUGUGCGUGAUCGUGACUACCAGAAUAGCCGAAGCUUCAUCGAAAGAGUUUGAAGACGGCGAGAACGACGACUUCGAAGCGGCUGAGGAAAAGAGAUCGAGCGCAAGUACGGUAGAAAAAGAGAGAUAGAGAGAGAGAGAGGGGAGGAGAGGAGGGAGAGAUAGAGAUAGAUAGAUAGAUAGAUAGAGAGAGAGAGAGAGACGGAGAGAGAUAGAGAGGCGAUCGUCGUUGCACAUACGAGCGAGUAACGUCGUGUGUGCACAGCUCGCGCGUGCAGGUGUGCGCGGGACAAAAAGUGCAUUGCCCAGUGGACUUUUCCAUCCGGUGGCUCACGAACUGUAUGUAGUCUUCGCGCCGGCGUUUUCGUCCACGAGACGAGAGAGCACGCGAGCGACGAGAGGACGGUGACGAGAAGCGUUCGAGGGAGGAGGAAGGUGAAAAGUAGGGAGACACUCGUUCGGUAACCGCGCUCCUCUCGCGCCGGAAGGAGAGUCGAGGAGGUUCUGUUGGAGGAGGAAGAGGAGAGGAGGGGAAGGAGGAGAACGAAGAGUAGUAGGGAUAUAUCGUAUCCCUCGUGUGGCCUCGUCGAAAAUCGAAGAACGACGACGGUGUGGAAUCGAUGUGGAUAGUCUCGAUUUCGGCGAACGUUUUAAGGAAGAACAUUGAAAGAAAAAAGUGAGAAAAGAGACGGCAAAAAUCAUCUAUUUCCUUUUUUCUUUUUUUUACAGUAAUACUGUAUUGCUACGUUAAUUUAGACGUACGAAAAGAGCAAGAAAAGAAGUGAAAGAGGGAGAUAUAAAAUCGUCCGAUGGUGUGAAUUCUACAUUAUCGACGAAGCGUGGGAGGGUGAAGAAGGAAACGGAUUCGUCGGUAAAACAGUGUCACGCGCGCUGCCACAGAGGAAGGACGGAAGACGGACGAAGGCUUUUGAGGGAGCCGGUUGCAACCGAGACCAGUCGCGAAUACGCGCUUAACGUGAUAACGACUAGAUCGUCUUUGCGCGUGACUUUACUUUUCUCGAGAUCUUAGUUCGAUGGAAUACAAGUAAGAAGAUCGUUGAUCGUUUCUUGUUUUACACGUGAAGAAGAAAAGUGAAAAAAGAAGAUAAUAAGAGAAAAGAAGAAGCUAAAAGAAGAGUGGAUCGAAGGUCUUGCUGCGAGCACUCGAGUCGACGGAAACGAUAUAUUCUCUCGCCGGCAACACGGAAGCACGUUUCGUUUGAGGAAUUCGUCCGCUAGUCCAACGUGACUAUGAGAAUUUUAUAUACGUCGUCCGGAGUAUAAGAAUAGUUAAAGAAAGGCAGGAAGAAAGGAAGGAAGGAAGGAAGGAAGGGAGGAAAGAAGGAAGGAAGAAAGAAGCAAGGAAGGAAGGAAGAAGGAAGGAAGGAAAGAAAGAAAGAAAGAAAUAAAGAAAGAAACUAGAAGAGAAAAGAAAAACGGGAUCUUCCAAACUCGUCCGCUCUUGGAGGAGACUACUGGCGAUAGAUCGAUCUAGUGGCAGAGCGAUCGUUCGCGUGGAGCAGCGUAUGAGAUCGAGAGGAACACGAGAAGAAGCGCCCUCGUCUCGUGGAGAUUCGUGCCGAUCGAAGAAGAAGAGAGAGCGGGUACAGAGAGAGAGAGAGAGGCAGAGAGAGAAAGAGAAAGAGAAAAGACGAUAAGAGAAGGAGAGGGUCCUUCGACGAUUUUGAAUCGCGUUCGAUAAGCCACGAGGAUCACUCUUUCUCUCUCUUUCUCUCUCUCUCUCUCUCUCUCUCUCUCUCUCUCUUUCUCUCUCUCUCUCUCUCCCUGGAUUUCUUGGCGCUACGUGUGUGCUCGUGGGACUACGUUGAAAAUCGCUCGGUGUCGUUGCUUGACGGAACCGGUUUCGUUCGGCUCGGCGAAUCUCGGCGUUUAUACAAAGGUCGUGUAUGCUCGCUCGUGAGAGAGCGGUAGGAGUGAGAUUUAUGGAAAACGAAUUUACACGAGGUCACACCCACGGGAGCGGCUCUCUUUCGCUCGCUCUCUCUCUCUCCCUCUCUAUCUCUCUCUUCUCUUCUGUUCUCUUCUCUCUCCUCUUUCUACGUUGGUACGUCUAUUUCCACUUCUCUUUAUUAAUAAUAACGACGGCGCUAACGCAACGCCGACGGUAAAACGGCGUCGCGCGGCCGUGUGCGUGCCUUGAGAGAUAGAAUCGGCUGAGGUUGAAGGAACCGAAGGAAAAAGAAGACGGAAGGAUAACGAGGACGGAGGUGUCCUUCGGAGCACGAAAAAGAACGAGAUAGAAAAGAGAGAAGAGAGAGAGAGAGAGAGAGAGAGAGAGAGAAGAGAGAGAGAGAGAGAGAGAGAGAGAGAGAGAGAGAGAGAGAGAGAGAGAGAGAGAGAGAGAAACAGUAAACUUCGAGAAAGGAUCGUCGAACUCUCUUGGUACAGCAGUGAUAUCCGUCGGAAAGCCCAAAGAUUUGUCUUGAAUCGUUAUGAGGCUGAUGCGUCCCUCGUUGGAAUCGAAAAAGAUACGAUCUCGCAAAGCAAGAACCUUCAAAAGGAGAUGGACGUAGCACCGAUGGAAACGUCGUAGUCUCGAACGGACUCACCGCUUACACUCUUUUCAGAGAGGAAAGAAAACGAUAGGAGUGAGAGCGAGAUGGCCGAAUUCGAAGAAAGCAAAACUUUCCUGUUCGAGUGGAAAGAGCGGAGAGAUUGCUUGCUUGGGGUAAAGCUUUACGAGACCUAGUCCCUGCUGCCACACUCUUCUAGUAGUUGCGAGGUGUUAAAAGAAAUUUGAGGAACAAGAAGUGAAAGAGGAUAAAGAUAGGAGAGUUUUGAUGAUCUCGAGUGACUUUGGCGAUGAAGCGAGCGACGAGCGCAACCGCGGCCUGCGCGUCGCAGGUACAACAACCGGUGGCCACUCUUCAGGGGAAGAUACACGAUCUUCUCCUUAAUCCAUUGAAUGCUCGUGCGGAGGAAGAAGCAACGUUAUUCAAGAGUAUUGGCGGUGUGAAAUCGUCAAUUUCAGCGUCAUCGUCAUCUACGACGGUGACGUCGAAGGAUGAAGCGAAAGCAAAGUCCUCGGCCAUGCCUCGGCUGUUGGCCGUUGAUUCGGACAAUUAUAUGCUUAGGAAAGGUGCGGGGACUACUAACGGAGUCUCCUCGUCUAACGCAACGACGAUGACAGCCCCCACGACGACGACGUUGACAACGUCAUCGUCCAUCGAAGCCGUCGGCUGUUCUCGAGUAGCGCGAGCUUUUUUAGUAAACGCACCUACGAAUGGCACUUAUACCGAUCUGCAGAUGCACUCGAUUCUUGGUUAUAAUAACAACGAGACGAGACAACAGCAGCAACAGCAACAACAACAACAACAGCAGCAACAGCAGCAGCAAUCGUACGAGCCGAGAAUCAAACCAACGGUGGUGACUUCUGCUAGCACGAAUCAAUUUACUACACAGAGGUGGUUAGCGAGUCAUUUACAGGCUCAACCGCGUUGCCUGUUGAACAAUUCCAAUAAUGGCAACAACAAAUCGGAUUCUCCACAGCAGCAACAGUUUUUGCGUGCAUCUAAUGACGAGAAACGCGAGAACGAGACCGAGAUCGAUAACAGGUCGCGUUUACCCUGUUGUGCCCGAGUGUUUUCCUUUCAUCGAUAUGUCUGUAGGUGUAACGAUGCUGUUGUUAGCUCGCAGCAACAAUAUCAAUUGAGUAAAGAGUCGUGGGAGAUCGAGAGCGCUGUCGUAGAUUCGAAUUGGAUUGAGAACGAUGCGAUUGUUGGAUCUAAUUCAUCCGUCGAUAAAGCUACCCGCUCAAAGGGCAAAAGCGCGUGUAGUACCCUCGAGGCGCGGACGUUCGCUGCCUCGAGGGUGCCUGCUGGUGGAAGAUUGUCCGCGUGUUGCUGCAUGUGUGCUUCGCUCUGUCCCGCAGACUGCCGCGCGUGCUUCCACAUCGUCUGCUCGGUCUACAGCGGACAGCACCUGUGCCAAUGGAGUAACAAGGGUCACGCGCUACCCGGCCAGAUUUUUUAUGAGGACAAGCCCGUCAGUGAAUGGACAUCGUUAGACGUACUCGAGUGGAUGUCAGCGUUAAAUCUCUACAGCUAUGCGGACAUUUUCAAAUCGAAGGAUAUCAAAGGCAGCGAUCUUCGUCAUCUGGAUCGAGACAAACUCAUGCAUAUGGGUAUAAAAGAUGAGCUCGACCAGAAGAUCCUUUUGGUGUGUAUCGAGGAACUCUGCCAGACGUCGCCUCCCCUCUCGUUGCCUGGUAGCACAGAAGCGAACUCAUCUUCCACGACAACGAGCACGACAACGAGCACGACUACGGCGACGACGGCAACGACGGCGACGUUGACGGCAACGGCACUGACAUCAGCUACGACCGGUAGUAACUCCGUCAAUGCGAGCUGCGCUAUCGGCCUCGCUCAUCCGGCCAACAAUACGACCAACGAUGGUCAUAAUCUUGUGUUGCAUAGCUUCAGUAUUUUGGAAAAGUGUGACAAGUGUCGUAAAUAUCUCAGGGGUCUCUUGCAUCAAGGCUUUCUCUGCCAAGAUUGCGGCCUGGUAGCCCACAGAACGUGCUCGGCGAUUGGUCUACCCAUAAGCUGCGUCCCCGCUGAGUCGAAAAACCGUAGCAAUAGAUACGCUUCCGUAUUUGGCCUCGCCCUGUGUUCACAAUUCGAAACAUCCACGCGUUCUGCUCCUAUCUUGGUGGAAAGAUGUACGCGCGUACUCGAAGAAAGGGCAUGUGCGGACACGACCUUAGAUCUCUACAAAGUCUAUUGCAGUAAACCUAACGAGCAAACCCUUGAGUUACGACAAAACUUGGACGAAGACGUGCGUAACGCUGAUUUGGAUCGGUAUACUCCUCAAUGCAUUGCAAGCGUUUUGAAAAAGUUCCUGCAAGAAUUACCAGAUCCGGUAAUACCGGUACAAUUUUAUGACAGGUUCCUAGAGGCAUCAAAUAUGAGAAGCGACGAGCAGUGUGCUGCUCGUUUAGGACAACUAGUUACUGAACUUCCGGAACAUCAUAGGAGUACGUUGUUUCACUUGAUGGCUCACUUUUGUCGCAUAUGUCAAUUGCAACAUGGGAGGGGUUACACAGAACCACCCACUGUACUUGUCCAGGUGUUCCGUCAUAUAUUCAUUAGGCCGCCUUGGGAACGGAUCAUACAAAUUAUACACAACACAAAAGCUUAUAUAAGGAUAAUGGAACUGUUGUUGCUGCACGUUGAUUGGAACGAAAGGUUGCCCGAAUUUGCGAGUGCUCCACAGCUUCCACCACGGAAAUUUUCAAGGCCUCAGUUUCCUGUUCUAGAUCCAUUCCCGGUUCUUGAAGAAGAUAAUACGACAGAAAGAUCGGGAACUGCUGGUGACAGUGGCAAGGAUCAACAAUCUCACAGGCCGCGAACGCUCCAGGAAGCCGAGUGGUAUUGGGGAGAUAUAACGAGAGACGAGGUCAAUGAAAAAAUGAUCGAUUCGCCUGAUGGCACUUUCCUAGUUCGUAACGCGUCUUCCAAAGGAGGUGAAUAUACUCUGACGUUGCGUAAAGGUGGCACGAAUAAGCUUAUUAAGAUUUGUCAUCGCAAUGGAAAUUAUGGCUUUUCCGAGCCGUAUAAUUUUCAUUCGGUUAUCGAGUUGGUCGACUACUAUAGGAAUUGUUCCUUGGCUCAAUAUAAUUCUACAUUGGACAUCAAGUUGUUAUAUCCUGUAUCACGGUUUCAACAAGACGACGAGAUUGCCAGUACAACGGAUAUGGCAACGGUAAAACAAAAGUUUGCCGAAUUGAGCAAAGAAAUAGUUGAUACGUGUCGGCAAUAUCAAGAUUGUUCAGAAUUGUACAGUAAAACGGCUUACGAGGUUCAAUUAAAGAGACAAGCUCUGGAAGCUUUUUCAGAAGCAAUUAAGAUGUUCGAAGAUCAGAUGAAACUGCAGGAAAAGUUUCAAAAAGAAGCUCAACCGCACGAGAUAUCGACUUUAACCGAGAAUGCAGAGCUGUUGAAACGCAGAUUAAAAUCUUUAGAGGACAGUAGGGAACAAUUGGAUGAUAGUUUGAAGCAACGAAUAGCCUACAAUAGAACUCUCGAAAGAGAAAUGCAUAAACUAAAGCCGGAGAUUAUUCAACUUGUGAGGCAAAGGGACAAACACUUCACAUGGUUGAAGAAAAAUGGCAUGACGGCAAACAAAAUCAAUCAGUUAGUGCUAAAUCAUUCACUUACAAAUCCAUUAGUCGGCGAUUUAGUAUACGGAGAUCUUCCAGAAGUUGAUUUAGAAGUGCAUACGGAUGAAAAGACUUGGCUUUACUUGGAAGGAUCACGUUCCGAUGCCGAUCGUAUUCUUGCUGGACGACCGGAUGGUACGUUCUUGGUACGAAGAUCAAGAACCGGUCAAUAUGCCUUGUCGAUCAUGUGCAACGGUACUGUAAAUCACUGUAUCAUAUAUGCGACCGAACGAGGUUACGGGUUUGCCGAGCCUUAUAAUAUUCACGAGAGCUUGAAACAUCUAGUGCUACAUUAUGCACAAAAUUCUCUGGAGGAGCAUAACGAAAGUCUGAGUACGACAUUGGCUUAUCCGGCUUUUGCGCCAUCAACGGCUCUGGCACAGCUACAAGCGCAGCAGAUGCAACUGCAAAUGCAUAUGCCAGCGCAGAAUCAACUACAGUUUAAACGACCUGUCGAAAGCCAAUCCCAAUUUACACGAAGUUUGGAAAAUCAACAUUUUAUAACUCAUACGUAAUAUUUAUAUGUUUAUCAAUCUGGCCGGAAUUGCUUGAUAACUUCAGAUACUCGUGCGUGAUUUUACGUAUAAAUUCGUUCGCUUAAAAUGGAGCGAACGAACGAAGGAAACGUACUGUGAGUUUAUAUUCAUAUGUAUGCGACACGAGAGAAAUACGAGGGGACUUGUAAUGUUGCGCCUUCCCGGGGAAGGGUUACAAAGAGGAUUGUUUUUCUUUUUACCAGAAUAUUUGAAAAUGUGAAUUAUGCUGAUAUCUCUAAGGCAUAGCGAUAGCGAUGAUAAUUGUCGAAGGUCCUAGUUGUAGAAGUACCUGUAGUCGUAGUAGUAAUGGUGAUAGUUGGUGGUAGUAAGAGCGAAACAAAAAAUUCACGCAGCAGUAUGCGUUUUUAUUCCUUUUUUUGCUGCGUAUUAAAGCUCCUCCUACCUAAAAACUGCUAAUUAUCGGUAAUUAUUCUAUCUUAUACAUCCUGUUUAGGAAUUAUAUCGUUUCUUCUUUUUCCUGUCUUUUGUCGGAGCUUUAUCUCGCUAUGUUAAACGAUUGUUUGUUCUGAUCUUAUGGCGAUCGAUUUAUAUCGGAUUGAAAAUGAAAUUAGCAGAGUUGAACCGGGAGGAGCAUUAAUAAUAUUUCAGAUGAAACGACCAAACGAUCCAUUGUUAGUUACGCUGUUGCGUACGGAUUGAUAGACAGUGUCGGGAUGUUAGAAUACACUCACGAGUCUUCGUAAGAUCAAUAUUGAUACGUUUCAGUAAGCUAUAUUCUUCAGGAAAGAAUAAGUUUGAUGUAUGAACCUUGCUACAUCUAAAAGUCAAAUUUCUCUAUCGAAAACGUCGAUACGACCGAGAGUAUAUUUGUAGUUUAACAACUAAAUCACUCUUCGCUCAAAUAAGUCACAAGUCCCAUUGGUAAUCAGGGUAGACAUAUUUCUCGUAAAUUUAAAUAUUAAUGUAAUUAUUAUAGCGACGAUUAAGGCGUUUUCGAAUACUUUUCAAAAAUUAUAUUUUCUUAUACGCCUAUGUUUUUAACAUCUUACUUCUCAUUUCUUUGUUCAGACACUUUUUGAACUUUGUCGAGUGAUUUAGAUUGUAUCGGUGGUUAAACUUCUGUUGCAUCGGAUCUUAUGAACGAUAUCGAAGUUUAUAUCUAUAAAAUCAUCGAUAAACGAUAAACGUCGAUCUUCGAGUCUCGGAAAUUUCCAGCGUUUGUAUAAUCGUAGUAAACUCCGAGAAAUUAGUGAGAGAUUGUUCGCGAGAGAAUGGAACGAACACUUUAAUCGCGAAGUUAUAGUUUUUAGCGCUUAGCCACCGAUAAAGAAAAGUAUAUAUAUAUAUAUAUAUAUAUAUAUAUAUAUAUAAAUAUAAAUAUAUAUGUGUAUAUAUUCGUUAUAUUUCGGUGCUUGUUACAACGAAAUUUCUUCGGAGGUGCAAGAGGUUUUUUAUAUAAUGUGUAGAUUAUAAGUAUUGUGCCAGGCCCGCGUGGGUUAUGUACGAUUUUAAACAAGAAAACAAUAUUGUCUGUGAUUUCGGAUCAGUGAGAAAGAGAGAGAGAGAGAGAGAGAGAGAGAGAGAUAAUAUCGCGUUUAUCAUUUCAUUCGAUGUUACUCUUUAAGAUUUUAUCUUCUUUUUUUUAUUUGUUCUUCUUCUUUAUACUAUCGCUUUAAAGUUUACCCAUUACUAGGUCUUAUAAGGGAACUUAAUCUCGUCAUUUAACAUUCUCGCGUAUACGUAGUAAAAUUCUUAUAAAAUUUUCUUAACCAUUGGCAUUUAAAGAUCGAACAUUUGUCACACUUCCCGCUUUUUCAAAAGGAACCUCGGGAGCAAUGGAAUGUUCAUUGCUCUUUUAUUUAUGAUACAUGAAUUUUUCUUCUUAGAUCUUUCACUCGGAAAGCAUAACUCGAUCGCGUGUUAAAGAGAGCGAAAUAAUCGGAAAAGAAACGAAGAACGAUCGAACGUCGUUUAGCGUGGCUCAUGAUUAAGAUAUGAGUGUGCCUCAAGAAAUCUUGCAUUUACGGAGCGGUCAGUAAACGUAAGAGUGUAUCGAGGCUAUUCGCUAUACCUGUCAUAUCGAAUGCUAUCGACGAAUGAUCAAAUAUGCUCGCGAGUAUGAAUUCCGCAAAUGAUACGAUCGAGUGACUGUUAAUACAUACAACAUACGUUGUAAAUGAUAUAAAUUAUAACGGGUAACGUUUUAAUAAAUUAUUGUCAGCUUAUUUUCACUCGAAUGCUCGAAAAUGUAGUUAUCAUCAUUCCGAUCUCUAGUACAAAAGGGCGAGAGGUGAUGACGCGUGUUUUCUUUGUUCAUUAAUUUUCUUUCUUUCUUUUUUUUUUUAUUUUAUUUAGUUUGUCUAUUACAUUUUUUUUCCUUUUUUUUUCUGUACGAAAGGAUAAAACGAAUACGUGGGAAGGAAGAGAAGAAGCAGUAGAAUAAGAAGGCGGACGUAGUAUUUGCAAAAUGAAAGGCCCGUUGUUCAUCUUUUAAGGCUUCGAAUAACGUAGACAUUAGGUAGUUUAGGUCUUUUUUAUACAAAAAGGGAGAAAAAAGAAACAGGGAAUACGAGUCGUGGUGCCUCGAUAGGCUUGUAUUUCGUGAUCGUCCAGUUGCGUGCCAGCGCUGAGCUCGAUCGUUUGUUGCCGUGUCGUUGGAUCGUUUGUUUCGUAGACGGGUAUUAAAAAACUUGUGCUUUACACGCGUAUUACCAGUGUCGAUCGGUUAGCCCUUUUUCUAUGCGAAGAAGGGUUCACCUUCUCUUACCACUUUUCAUGUGUUUUGCAAUCGCAUUAGCGAGCUCGAUCGAGCUUCUUUUUUUCUUUUUUUCGCGAUAAGAAAUUCGAAAAAUCGUUCGAUUUUAACGACUCAUACUAUAAUCUAUCAUUUACAUUUUAAAUAAUUUUCAUGUGUACCAUAUUGGUAAAUAUAGGUUUUAUAACGCGAUGAUAUCCUGAAAAGAAAUAAUUUUCACUCGUGCUUUUAUUGAACGAAGGAUUGAAUAUAAAGAAACGCAUGUAGCGUUUCGUGCUUAUUUCUAUAUUUCGAUAUUCGAUCGAAUUAUUUGUGUUAAUUUCUUUUUUCAUGUUUGUCUUUAUUCUCUUUUAAAUCAAAUGCUUUUUCUCGAACGGUGAGGAGGAAAACAUAUGAUUACAACGUCCGGUUCGUUUGGAUACGAGGUGAAUAAAGAGUAAAAAGUGUAAUCGAUGGUGAAAGAAUGUGUGAGGUAGACGUGAGAGAAAAAGAGAAAAUGAUACAAAAAAAUCACACACAUAACAUACGUACAUACAUAAUACAUACAUACAUACAUACAUACAUAUAUAUAUAUAUAUUUUUACUUACUUUCAAGGCAAACCUUUAAUUGAUUAUUUAUAAUAUAUACGUGCAUAUAUAUUAUAUACAUUAUAUAUUAUAUCACGAUGCCGCGUUAAAUCCUCACGCGUGCACAUCCAUGAGUUUGGUGAUAAAAAAAAAGAAAAAAAGCAAAAGCAUUCUUUUCUCUUCUCCUCAAACUCAUGGAUGUCGAUCCAACAUUACGUGUCGCACGCGGAGAUCGAACGUGUUUGGUUUUCAACAUUUUUAAUCCUUUCGUCGUUUAGCCGAAAUAAACGUGUAUUUAUUAAAAAAGCACCUGAAGUCCGAAGCAACAUAAAAUGUAUAAAUUAGCCCACAGCAUAUAGUUUUUUUAUCAAUAGUCGUCAGAGAAUAAGAUAAAAAAAAAGGAUUCUUCUUUCAGCAUACUAUGUAAUUUUGACUAAACAACAAAAGGUUUAAAAUUUGAUAACGAUCCGUAAUCGAUGAUCCUAAAUUCGUUCAGACGUGUGCGAGAGUUGAACGAUGCGUCCGAAAGAUCUUUAUUCUCGGUAUUCUUAUAUCGAGGAUGUACGAAUGCGAGUGCGCGCGUGUGUAUGUGUCUAAUCGUCAACGUGAAUAAACGUAAACAUAUAUAAAUGAUUUUUCCUAUUGAUCACACGAAAGAAAGAAAAAGAUUGGAAAGCAAAGAUGAAGGAAAGAGAGAGAGAGAGAGAAAGAGAAAUCAAUUGUAAAAUGCACGACGUUUCGCCAACUUUCUUUGUCCGUGACAAUAGUGUCCUUUCAAGAGAUUAUUCUGUUUUCCAACUGUGACGAAAUCGCAAGGUUAUAAUUUAAAACUCUUUAGAGAUACCAUUAAAAAAAAAAUAGCACGCGUGACGGAUCGCUCCUCGUGUGUACACCUUUCUUGUUAAUUUAUUAUCACCUUUUCAAACUCAGCUCACUAAUGAAGAUAAUCAUCCCGUUAGAUUAGAUUGAUCGAUUUGUCUUUGGUAUCUAAUCGAAACUUUCUAUAUAUAGACUAACAAAGGCAUCUCUUGGGAAAUAGAUUCGAAGAAUCGAACGGAACAAAAUUAAAAUAUGGCGAUGUCUUUUUUUUUCUCUUUUCUUUUGUCAGCUCGAUCGUUGUAAUUGCGAUAUAUGUAGAAAAUGAUAUCGUUCGGUACUUUGGUUUUAUCACAGAUUAAUAAUAAUAUUAUUAUUGCGUGUAUAUCCGAGCCGAAUAUUACUCUGUUAUAGAAAAGAGAAAAGAUAAAGAAUGAAACGACGACGGAACGAUGCAAGAAAGUCGCUAGGAUUGUUUUAUUAACGGCAGGACCGAUUCGAAUUAUCUUUUUACAAGUACGAAAUUUGUGGGCGAGAUGUUAAUAUUCCGUUUGUUAAUAAACGAAUACGUCCAUGCAUCUCUGGACGACUUGCGGAAUUAUUUUUGUAGGAUUUAAAAAUGUCUCGAAAGAAUUCGCUUCGUUCGUUCGAAUGGGAACGCCAAUAUAUUUUGUGGUUAAAAUGAAGCGCUUUUUUGACGAGGAAAAUGAAAAAAAAAGAAAUAAAAAAAUAAAAAAGAAAAAGAAAAAGUCUAGGAAAGAUAUUUAACGUGCACAUUUAAGUAUUGAAGCUCGGACGGAUUAAAUUGUGGCAUAAACGAUUCGACUUGCGAAUGCGCAGCCUACCAUUGAAUAUGUGAUCUCUGGAAAUUAACGCGGAGGAAUAUAGGAGAGCGUGCGUCUGUGUGUGUCUGUGUGUGUGCAUGUGUGUAUAAGUAUGGGUGUAACGAAUUAUCGUUGCCUUAGCUUUUUGUACAAUUUAACAAGAUUGAAUGAAUGAAAAGUGAGCCAGAGAAGGAGAGAAAGAGAGAGAGAGAGAAAUUGUGCAGGAUAUGAAAUGUUUAUUAUAUUAAUGUAAUCGAUGUUGGUAUCUGUGAAGAUAAAUGGUGAUAAUAAAACGAUAAAAGUAGUAAGCUAUUCUCGUAAGUUCGCUCGAGAAAGGUGACAUAGCCUUGCAGCAAGAAUUGUGCGACAAGCUGAUAAUCAAAUUGUAUGAAUAUUGAUAUUGUUACAAUGUUUAUGAUAAUAAUAUUGUUAGUAUUAAUGGCAAUGAUGAUAAUAUUAAUUAACGACGACGAUGAUAAUUGUAAUUCAUAAUUUUUACGCAUGGAGAUCGCCGUCUUGAAAUGAAAUAUGCAAGAAAAAAAAAGCAAUGUCGAUCGUUUCUUUGCCCGAAAGGAGAUUACCCGACCCGAAUCUUUUUAAAAUACGUUUCCCAAGAUGAUGAAAAACCCUACGAUUUGGUAAUCGAUCAGCAGGAAAAUGUGGAUCAAAAUUAUUUGAGGAAACAGUAAUUAAUCGGAUAAAAUACAUGGAACGAAUGAAAAAUUCGUUACUUUUCUUCGUUGUUUCUAUUCGGAAACACGAUAUUCGCCUUUGUCUGUAUAUAGCUACAUAUAUACAUAAAAACUUAAACGGAUCUCAUCAUCGUUGAUAACGUUGGCAACAUUAAACAAAAUCUUUUCAGCGGUUUGGCUAGAGGCAGAACUCAGGUUCGACGAUUUCAAUUGAAACGAACAAUAUCUCUAUUAAGCACUUUUAAAGUAAGUUAGUUCUACGCGUACGACGAAUCGUCCGUAAAUUAAAAAAAAAAAAAAUAAUAAAAUAAAAUAAAAGAAAAGAAAAAAACAGGCUGAUUUAGAAAAUAUUAAUAGGAAAAAUUAAGUAGACCAAUCUAUAAUAUAGAACUAACUAAUAAUUAAUAUACAUAUAUGUAUAAAUAUAUAUAUACAUACACAGGUAAUAUAUAGAAAUAAAACAAUUUUCUUGCGCCUCUAUGCUGAACGAUCAGAAUUGCAUAAUCUAUUAAUAAUAUGUAUCACUCCGAUAAAAAUAAGACAGUCUGUAUAGUGUAUACAAAGGAACAGUAUAACGUACGACAAAGAAAUUACAAGUUUGUACAUGUGUACGUGCGAUUCUGUGUGUGUUUGUGUGUGCAUGGCGAUCGCUCAUAUGUCGCGUGUAAAAAUACGAAGAGAACUUAUGUACACAAAGUAGUUAAACGCUCGUAAAAAAUACUCCGCGGAAUUUUCUCGUAAUUAAAUAAGGUCCAUCGAAAAGUGAAACGAUCGACUUUACUCUCUAAUCUGUAUUACUUGAAAAUGAUCGCUCUGUUAAUAAUUAUAAAUUCACAACUUCACGGAUUCAUUGAUGGUAUUGUUGAAAAAUUAGAGAUACGAUAUGUAGUGCAUUCCAAUAGCAAUUUUAGCCAUACCGAGAGUAUCAGCAAAUUUUUUGGUAUAAAUAAUCCGAGCGUCUGAAAGAAGCACGUACUACUUUAUUUUGGCGAAAGCGAAGUUUACGCAGAGAUAUCGAUUAUCUUCUUAAGAAUAAAAGCGCGACGUUUUCGGAUACAAUUUUAAUAGAAAAAAUAUAAAUGGGAGCAUACGUGUCCGACUUCGAAGACGGAGAUUUUUUAAAUAAAAUAGAAAAAAGAAAAGAAAUAACACUUCGAUCGCAAUUAUUAAAGUUUGGAGGAAUUUAUCAAUUUUAUAACGAACGCGUUAAAUGCAACGUUUCGUAUAUUCCAUAUUCGAUAUAUCAAAGUCCGAGCAAGUUCGUAAUCAAAAAUAGGUAAUUCUUUUUUCUCGAAGUCGGCCACAUAUAUAAACGUUAAUAAAUUUGAGAUGGGUAAGCGCUAAUUGGAGAAUCUCUUUUUUAACUAAAGUCAGAAAAAGGGGGUAUCCUACGAGCGCUCACCGUUUUUCAAUCCUUGCCAUUUUUGUACAUAGUAUCCGUGUCCAAAUGCUCGCGAAGAAAAAGAACGAGGAGAAAGGGUGUAUUAACAAAAGUCGUGUAACAAUGUACUUGGAGAAAUAAUAAUUGUGCGAGUGAUGUGCGACGUGUGUGUAUGCUGCAAGGUGAAAAAUUACAAAUAUGAUUACGGAUCGUAUGAUAAGAGGGAGGGACGGAGGGAGGGAUAAGGAACGAAGAGAAGGGAAAGAGAAAGAGAAAGAGAAAUGAGAAGCAGAUUUUAUCGACACAAUAUUAUAUUAUUAACAAACGUAUGCUGUCCCACUGUGAUAAAAAAAUUUUGUUUUUGCAUGUAAAAUAUACUAUUAAUGUCAUAAGUACGAAGGAAUCAUAUUACGGCGCAUAUAUAUAGAUGUAUGCGCUGACGCAUGUACGAUCUUAGAUCGAUCUAUGUAUCUAUAUAUAUAUCUAUAUAUAUGCAGGCAUAACACACAAGCAUACAUAUAUUGUGAUUCAGUGUGCACAGGGAUUACAGAGUGCAUGCGAUUCUACAAAGAAUACAAAUUUUAAUUAUUCCCACCAUGUUUUCACACGCUCCCAUAUAAAAAUAUGGGACGAGUCUAGUCCUGUUUACGAAACAUAUAUAGAAAGUAUAUAAUGUAUAACUUGUAAAGGGGAGCGUAGAAAUCACUUAUUAUAAAACGUUAAAAAAGAUUAUUAUUCAUAUAUAGUGAUGAGUCGUCGUAACCUCAUAGUAGAUUUGUUAUGAAUCGAUUCGUGUUCGAUUAAUUUCCUCGAAGCUUUAUAAAUAAAAUUAAUAGUUCGUUGCAUUUCAUUGAGAAAUGAACAAACGGCCCGCUUUUAUUCGGUAUAAUUUUAUGUUUUUCUUUCGAAUGAAUAAUUUAUAGCGAUUUCAUAGAUAUUUUUCGCGCGUUUUACGACUUGCAAACAGUCGCAUUAGAAUUUGACGGACAUUUGCAGUUUACCAUAGAAAUUAUUCCCUGUACGAAAUGAGUUCGAAUUUGAACGUCGGUUAAAUCAAUGGGAUGGAUUUUCAAUGAAAUUUGAUUAGGUCUUUACUGCGUCAUUAGUCUUCGGGCGUGUGAAAACUGGGGAUGAGAUAAGUGUUUAUUCGCUUUUUUGCGCAACGGUCAUCCUCAUAUUGUACCGUUUAUUUGGUAGCACUACCAUGUAAAACCAUUUAUAUUUGCAUAUAAUUAAUAUGUUUUACUUAUAA